GGAAUCUCGCGCCCGACAACACAGGCUCAAGAUGGCGUCCUAGCGCAGGGUCCUGAAAAAUCCAUUUAAAUCGGUUCCGAAUCAGGGAAAACAGCGGCUGUGGGGCCGAGUACGAAGGCCUAAAAGAAAUUUUAAAAGAUUUAUGCAUCGAAUUUGACAGCUGUCAUUCUUCAGGUGAAAAUGUCGAUGUCACACCUAUACGGGAAAGACCAGGAUGAUGAUGAGGUGGAGAUGGAGCGGUUUGAGAUUUCAGAUUGGGACUUGGAAAAUGAGUUCAACCCAGACCGAGUGCGCCACCGACAGACAAAGGAGGAUGCGAUCUACGGCAUGUGGGCUGAGAAUGACUCUGAUGAUGAGAGGCCAAGCUUUGGGGGGAAACGUUCCAAAGAUUACACUGCUCCAGUUAAUUUCAUCAGUGCUGGAAUCCGUCGACCUGCAGCUGAGGAAAAUGAGGAAGAGAAGGACUCUGAUGACUCUGAAGAGGAGAAAGUUAAGCGAGAAGAAUUUCCAAAAGAAUUUGCACCAAAGAAACUGAAAACUGGUGGCUUUUUCAAAUCUAGUUCAAAAGGAUUCUCAGGAGGGCAUCGAACAAACCAGGAAAUUGGCACUUGGGAAAAACACACCAAAGGGAUUGGACAGAAACUGCUGCAAAAGAUGGGUUAUGUACCUGGCAGAGGUCUUGGGAAGAAUGCACAAGGAAUUGUGGCACCAAUUGAGGCAAAGAUGAGGAAGGGAAAAGGAGCAAUUGGUGCAUAUGGGUCUGAACGAACAGAACAGUCGCUGAAGGAUUUUCCCAUUGUAGACUCUGAUGAAGAAGCAGACGAGGAAUUUCAGAAGGAAAUGAGCCAGUGGCGGAAGGAUCCCACAGGUGGGAAGAAGAAACCCAAGUACACCUUCAAGACAGUGGAGGAGCUUAAAGCGAAAGGAGCAACCAGCCUGGGCAGAAAGAUGGCUACCCCUCAGACAGAACUUUCACAAGUCAAGGUUAUAGACAUGACAGGAAAGGAGCAGAAAGUCUAUUACAGUUACAGCCAGAUGAACCAGAAGCAUGAUAUUCCUGAUGACACGCAGUCCCCAGUUAAAGAUGCCAAGUCAGAGGGCUUUUCCCUCCCAGAGCUGGAACAUAACCUGCAACUGCUCAUUGAAAUGACUGAGCAAGAGAUCAUCCAGAAUGACCGUCAGCUACAAUAUGAGAGGGACAUGGUGGUCAACCUUUCCCAUGAGAAUGAGAAGCUCUCUGAAAUCCUUGCCCAUGAGGAUAAGAUCAUAGACAAGCUCAGCAGCAUCUUGCAGAUUGUGGAGGACUGCGAGAAGAGACUGCAGCCCAACUGUGAAAAUCCUUUGACCCUGGAAGAAUGUGCAAACAUUUUUGAGAUGCUGCAGGAGAAAUAUUUUGAGGAGUACAAGAUGUUUGAUCUGGCAGAACUCUCUAUUGCCAUUGUAUUUCCACUACUGAAAGAAUUCUUUAAGGCUUGGAAUCCUUUGCAGGAUAACAGCUAUGGCUUAGACGUCAUGUCCAAGUGGAGGAAACUUCUAGAACGAGACCAGCUGCAGCAUGGGGGGUGUGAUAUGUUGUCAUUGGACCCCUACCACCGGUUGACAUGGGAGGUUUGGAUGCCAUAUGUCCGUAAUAUUGUAUCCCAGUGGCUGCCCCGGAAUUGUGCUCCUAUGGUAGAUUUCUUGGAGAACUGGAUGCCUGCAAUCCCACUCUGGAUAUUGGACAAUAUUCUUGAACAACUGAUCUUUCCUAAAUUACAGCGUGAGGUUGAGAAUUGGAACCCACUGACGGACACAGUUCCAAUACACGCCUGGAUUCACCCAUGGCUUCCACUGAUGCAGAUGCGCCUGGAACCCCUGUAUUCACCGAUCCGCAACAAGCUUUCCAAUGCAUUGCAGAAGUGGCAUCCCAGUGACUCAUCUGCAAAACUGAUCCUGCUGCCCUGGAAGAACGUGUUCACACCAGGAUCUUGGGAAGCCUUCAUGUUGAAAAAUAUUGUUCCAAAGUUAGGUAUGUGUUUGACAGAGUUUGUGAUCAAUCCACACCAGCAACACAUGGACACCUUCCACUGGGUGAUGGACUGGGAGGACAUGAUCUCACUUUCUAGUCUCAUAGGAUUGCUUGAGAAAAACUUUUUCCCAAAAUGGUUGCAGGUGCUAUGUUCUUGGCUCAGUAACAGUCCCAAUUAUGAAGAAGUCACUAAAUGGUACUUGGGAUGGAAGUCCAUGUUUUCUGACCAGGUGUUGGCCCACCCAACGAUCAAGGAGAAGUUUAAUGAAGCCCUGGACAUUAUGAACCGGGCUGUCACUUCCACAGUUGGUGGUUACAUGCAGCCAGGAGCUCGGGAAAACAUUGCAUACCUCACUCACACAGAGCGCCGGAGGGACUUUCAAUACGAGGCGAUGCAGGAGCGCCGUGAGGCUGAGAACAUGGCACACCGUGGCAUCGGUGUCAGCUCAGCCUCCAUACCAAUGAAUUUCAAGGACUUGAUCCAGGCAAAGGCCGAAGAGCACAAUAUUGUCUUCAUGCCUUUGAUGGGCAAACGCCAUGAGGGAAAGCAGCUCUAUACCUUUGGGCGGAUAGUUAUUUACAUUGACAGAGGGGUAGUGUUUGUACAGGGAGAGAAAACUUGGGUGCCAACAUCACUUCAGAGCCUCAUUGACAUGGCUAAGUAAACAGGAGAUGCAGCAACUUGCUUCUCUCUGCUAUCUGUUCCAUUUUUAUACAGGAAGAUUUUCACCAGUUUAUUCGGAGUUGGAGUGGCUGGGGAAGAGACUUUUGCAGUGAGAAGAGAUCUUCACCACUCUGUUUAUUUGGCCCCUCGUCCCCCAAGUGAAAUCCUUACUUGGUGACUGAUUCUAAUGUUCAGUACUUCAUGAGUCCCACUUUGUUACCUAUUGUAUUUUUUUAACAUGUAACACUUUGUUUAUUUUAAUAUCUUUUAUUUAUAAACAAUAAACCCAUGAUUUUGGUGUCA